AUGGGAAAGAACAGAAGAGGAGGAGGACGAGAAAAACAAGACCACCGCCCUCCCCAAGACGAGGAGGACGACACGUGGACUCUCAAACCUCCACACAAUCAAGACCAAAAUCUUGACGCACCUUCAGUCCCUUGCACUUCUCAGGCACAGAGUAUUGGCGAGGAAGGAAAUGGGCAGCAAGAAAAACAAGAACAAGAAGAAAUAAUUGCAGUUGAGUCGUCUGAGUCUAGGAAAGGGGAGGAUGAUGAUGUUUUGAGUAGAUUGGAAGAGUUGCAGCUUGGUGUGGAAGAGCCCAAGUUGUCGGAUGAGCAGCUGAGUAUUGAUGAUCAGGCUCAGGAGGAUGAGUUGCUUGCUAUGGAGUCCAUUUAUGGAGACGACUUUUUCAUCUUUGAAAGACAAAGAGGCCGUCGAUCAUUCCAGAUUCAUAUACAUGUUGAAGCUCCUGGUGAAAUUGCUGUUACUACAAAGUUGAAUUCAUCUAGUGAUCUUAAGACCAGAAGCGAUGGUUCUGAUGAAUUCUCAUACUCUUUCAAAGCGCAGCAUCUUCCACCAAUUAUGUUGACAUGUUUGUUACCUAAAUCAUACCCAAGUCACCUACCACCGUAUUUUACAAUAUCCAUUCAGUGGCUGCAUUCUAGUAAAAUCUCCCAUUUGUGUUCUGAGCUGGACUCAAUAUGGAGAGAACAACCAGGGCAGGAGGUUAUGUACCAAUGGGUGGAAUGGCUACAAAAUUCUUCGCUUUCGUAUCUUAGUUUUGAUAAAGAAAUAAUUCUUGGUCCUUACGGGGUGAGAGAUGCUGGAGAUAGACGUGCAGUUACUGAAAGUGUUUCCCCAGAGGUUGACAUUCCUUUUAUUAGAAGUUACAACGAUGAGAGACUCCAUGAGAACUUUCACAAAAAUUUGCAUGAGUGCCGCAUCUGUUUUAGUGAGUUUGCAGGUACUGAGUUUGUCAGACUUCCAUGUCAGCAUUUUUUCUGUUGGAAAUGCAUGAAGACUUAUUCUGACAUGCAUGUCAAGGAAGGCACCGUAAGCAAACUGCAGUGUCCUGAUGCAAAAUGUGGGGGUAUGAUUCCACCAGGUUUGUUAAAACGAUUGCUUGAUGAUGAAGAGUUUGAACGUUGGGAGUCCUUAAUUUUAAUUAAAACACUAGAGGCAAUGUCGGAUGUUGUGUAUUGCCCAAGAUGUGAAACUCCCUGCAUAGAGGAUGAAGACCAGCAUGCCCAAUGCUCAAAGUGCUUCUUUAGCUUUUGCACACUUUGCAAGGAGCGGCGCCAUGUAGGUAUUCAGUGUAUGACACCAGAAAUGAAACUUCACAUCCUGCAGGAACGUCAAAAUUUUGGUCAGUUGAAUGACAAUCAAAGGCACAAAGAACGUGAGGAAAUCAAUGAGAUUCUCAGUGUGAGAGAAAUUCUUCGCGAUGCAAAGCAAUGCCCAUCUUGUAAGAUGGCAAUAUCACGAACUGAAGGUUGCAACAAGAUGGUGUGUAAAAACUGUGGGCAAUACUUCUGUUACCGCUGUGAUAAGGCAAUUGAGGGAUAUGAUCAUUUCAGAGAUGGUGCAUGUGAACUGUUCCCGCAAGAAGCAAUUCAGAACUGGGAGGCACAGAUGAAUCCUCGACAGGUUUUGGGUCAGAUUCAAGCUGAACUCUUUGCUGCACAUGGUCAAUUAUGCCCUAAUUGUGGUCAGUUUAAUGCAAAGAUUGGCAAUAACAAUCAUAUGUUCUGCUGGGCAUGCCAAAACCACUAUUGCUAUUUAUGCAAGAAGAUCGUGAGGCGAAGUUCUCAGCAUUAUGGACGUAAAGGUUGCAAACAACACACAGCCGGAUAG